AUGUGCUACACAUCUCCCAAUAAGCUUCUUUCUACGCAGGAUGUCUUUUUCUCCCUCCCUUCGUUCCCCUUGACGCCUCUACAUGCCAGGAUGGUGCCCUACUGGCCGCUGAAUAUAUCACUGCCUCGCUUUCAUGGGAAAGAUGACAGCUACUUUGACAGUUAACAAUACCUUUGAUGGCUUUACAGAAAAUGUUAACACAUUUAGGCAUAACUUGUCAAAAUGUUUCUUUAUUAAUUCCGUUCUCGUUCACAGAGUAAGGAAGAGUGUUUGCGAUACUAAAAUAUCAGGAUACCAAUUACCUUUACGAGGACAAUACCAGGUGACUCGGUGAAAACUCAUUUACUUGCCUAAGCGCAAUAAUGAAGUCAUAAUAUGAGAACUUUCAACUCUAUGAAUGCAUAAUAGCAUAUCCAGAUUACUACAGAAAUUAUUAUCGAAUCUUAUUGCACAUUUAUAAACCUCUUGAUAACCACAAGAUAUAACAUUGGUCAAUCUCGACAAAAGAGAAACUUGGCAGUAUCACCACCAGCAGACGAAGGAAAACACGCGGCCACGAAUUCAAAUUCAAGCACCACAAAAUUGCUGUGCUUAGCUGCGAAGAUUAUUCCUCCUAGUGUCUUUGAGGAAGCUUAAUAAUCUGCCUGCCUGGCGGAGCGUGCAGCAGCCUCCAGGAGUAACAGGAAGCCAGCCAGCUCUUCAUACAUAAGGCGUUGAUCAUCUCAUCCACUCAUCUCCCUUAGCUACUAACAUGGAGCCCAUGAAUCUCGGCAGCCCAGUUGGCUCCCCAGUGGCUGCAGCCUCCCAUACUACGCCUCCCAGUACCAGCACCAGCAGCUUCCUGCCCUCAUACCUCAUGGGGGAUGUUGCCUCCCCAGCCUUGAGUGGGCGACUUGGUGGUGGUGGAGGGGCCAGCCCAAACAAGACAACUCGGCAGUUCUCUUCCACCUCUGUGACCUCGCCAGGCUCCCCUCAACCCUCUAAAGAUGCCAUCUUUCCCACAAAGCUGGGACCAGAUAAGCCAGGAGGGCCACCAACUCAGGGCCUGACAGGUGUGCGUGGCCCCCCAGCCCUCACCCAGUCCCCUAUCCCCACACGUCUUGGCAGUUCCUUUGUUGAUCAGCGGUUGCUAGGUCUGCCCGGUGGUGGGUUCAGUACCCCGACUUCACCCCUUGUGUCCACCCCAACCUACAACUCUCAAAACUUCACGCCCUCCAGGGACACUACCAGUUUCCUAGCCCAAGACUCUCUUCAAAUGACGGGAGGUGACACAUUGGAGGAUACUUGGGUGACGGUGUUUGGGUUCCCACCUGCAGCAGCGUCCUACAUCCUAACACAAUUCACUCAGCUGGGCACCAUCACUGAACACCACAACCCAGGAUCAGGGAAUUGGAUGCACCUAAAGUAUAUGACCAAGCUCCAGGCCAGGAAGGCUCUGAGCAAGAAUGGUAAGGUGUUCAGUGGCAACAUCAUGAUUGGGGUGGUUCCCUGCACUGACAAAAUGGUGAUCGGUGACAAGGAGAAUGUUUCCACCAACCUAAGCAGCAUAAUGUCCCCUGCUAACACCAGCUUCUCCAGCACCCCCAAGUCCAGCAUUCGGCCACUCACGCAGGCCUAUCAGACAGUCCAUGCAGAACAUGAGGUGAUUCCCAAAGUAAACACUCCCAAGAAGAAUGACAGUUUUGUGUCCAGAGCAAUGCAACAUAUCUUAGGAAUAUAGGAAAAUAUAGCUAAUAUUUAGUUUUUACUGUUGUCAUAUUCAUUUGAUUUGUUAUUUUAGUUUGAGUGGCUUUUUCCGUAUGUCUUGGCAAUAAAAGUUACCAAUGUACCAGUCAUUACUUGAUUAUAAUACAUGCUUAUAUUUUAUCAAGAGUAAUGAUAAUUGAAAUGGAAAAGACUGAGCUUCUUUUUGCCAUCUAUUAUUCCCUUAUUAUUAUCAAAGCUUGUUGCUACGCAUAUAUAUAAGUUUUCAAAUAUGCAGCACUUUUUAAUUAAUCAUGUAUUUCUUAAUUUAUUGCUGAAUAUUUAGCAAAUAUUAUUUGCUUCAGAUUUCUUUAAGAACUUUCACUUUCCAUUUUGACCACCAGAUGGAUUGCCACUAUGUGCAUUCCAUCCAUGAAAAUUACCUCUUGAAAUUUUCACCCAAAAGCUGCCACAUGAUAAAUUCCCCAAAGUACCUUUACCUUACCUAAUUUAUCGUGUGAAAAUAUUUUUAGAAUGGAUCUUCUGGAUGAAAUGUUCAUGAGGGAAAUUCAUCUGGGGGAAACUUGCAGUAUAAGGUUACCUGCCUGUACCUGCCAUCAAAUUUCAGCACUUACACCACCUCCUCUUCUUGUUGUGGGAGUGGGAAAAGCUGGCUAUAAGGGAAUAUCAGGCUGUCACUUUUUUACACCUAUUUAAGCAAAUUAAAAUAAAAACUGAAUAUGUUAGGCAAAUCCCAAAAUAUCCCAAGUUUUUAAUGUUCUUUGACUGUCCUACUUUUAGAUUAUGACUUGUUACAAUAAAAACUUGAUGAUA